AAUGUCAACAUGAGAUGAAUGACAAAAACUAUUUUUCAGAAUUAAAUUGCGUCGGGUGAUCGCUUGUUAGUGUCGUCAUUGUAAAUUGAAUUAGAAAGCGUCGAAUCACUAGGAAAAAACAGUGUCCAUUCUCAUAAUGUUAGGUCUAAGUUGACGUAACGUGGUCCUAUUCCAUUAACUCAAUUACUGAGGUGUUAUGCUGCACUACGAUCUCGAAGGCUUUCGUAAUAAACUGAUGGCAAAACAGUGAAAUCGAGAAAAAUGUAUGGUAUCAAUGGGUCAGGUUACCCUCCUGUUAAAGAGGACACUUUUUGUAAAUACGUGUUAUACUACGAGAUAAAUAAUUCGAGGGUCCGUAUAUGGGAUUUGAUUAUUUUGAUACCGAACGCGCUAUUCGUGUUAUUCUUAGUAGUAAGAUUCAACAAGGCUCAGUUAAAGUUGCGUGCCACGAGUAGUCCAAUAUUUCUGACAUUCUACACAUUAGUAUGGGGCAAUGUGAUCAUAAGCCUGGUGCGAUGCGUCGUCUCCAUGACCGUGAAUGCCGCGGUGCCUCUUGGAGGGUUGGUGGACAAGAUACUGUGGGUUAUGGUCAGAUUCUUUUUACUUGCCACAGAAAUGAGUGUUGUUAUAUUUGGACUGGCUUUUGGGCACUUGGACAGUCGCAGUAGCAUUAGAUAUGUUCUAUUAGCAACGUCCCUCAUAUCCCUGGCGUUUACGGUGACUCAAGGCACUCUGGAGAUUGUGAUGCCCGAUGACAUAUUUCACAUUGACACCAGAGAUUAUGAUUUGUUUGGACAUGGAGGGAUGUUGUUCUGGUUCAUAUCUUCGGUUGUAUUUGCUCUUAUUUAUUUCUUGAUACUGCUGCUGCCCUGGAUUCCACUGAGAGAAUAUUUGGCGCUACCCACGAAACUGUCGUUCUAUCUGUACGUGUUAUUGCUGGCGCUACUUGACACGACGCAGGCUGUGGGCGCGGGCCUGCUGGCGUGGGGCGACAUGCAGUCUGGCCUCUGCGUCGUCGACGUCACCACGUGGCUCUACUUCUCGCUCUACACGCCUCUUGUAUACCACACGUUCUUGAGUGAAUUCUUCAGCGUGUCCCAGCCGAGCAUCAUGUUCUCGUACAAGGCUCAGAUGGACGAGCCCAUGGACGACGAUCAGGUCUCUCUCCCGCACCAGCAGAGCUUUAGCUCGCUCAAAACCGACUCUGAUUAUAUUUAUCAGCAGAGCAAUAGCGUGUAUGACAGCACGUUAUUCGAGGCGGGCGGCACGACUCCGAUGAACCCCGUGUAUAGCGCCUCGCUACAGAGCCCCGACUCGAUAGCCUCCGCGCAGUCUAUAGAUGCGCCCGCGCCGAUCUCCGGUUUCCCAAACCAGAACAUACCUUCGACAUAACAAUUGUAUUUAUAAGUCUUGUGUAAUUUGAACUCCACACAUCCAAAGAAAAAAAAACUAAUUUUAAUGUAAUUAGCAUUGAGUAAUAAUAGAAACUACGACGGUUAAUUAAAAAACGUUUUGUCACUGAUAUUCAUUUCGUUAUAGAAUCUCGAUAUGACAUGGACUUCAUUUUUGUGAUAGCUAAUGCCAGUGAUCGAAUCGAAUAUAUCUUGAGACUGCGUUACAUCCAAUUUCUGCUAAUAUACGUAGUCUUCGUGUAAUGGAUCCAUCCAUGAAAUUGACAUUAGAUUUAUUAUAGCUACUUAUAUAAAAUUGUAGAUAAAAGAGUUACUAACAUUAGUGACUUGUCUUGUGAUUUUAGUUUUUAAAGUCAGUUUGUCACUCGAAUAAAAUAAUUUGAUUUGAUGUUCGAAAUAUUUUUUUAUUCGCAUAAGUUGUUUAUCUGUAGCACGGUUAUGAACUAGUUAUUUUCUUUUAGAAUGAACGAAUUUUAAAUAUUAUUUUCAUUGAUAAAGUCGGCGAUAGCACUAUCGUUAGGGUAACUUUAUUUUUUAUCCUUGAACUUGAUAACUGAACGAUUUUAUUACUUUUAUGAGUGCACCAGGGGCGUAUCUAGGAAAAAGUAGUUGCUUUAGACGCCGUAAUGAAAGUGCCCUCGUUAAAAUUUUUGAUUACCUCGAAAUGGAGAUGAGAACGUCUGGCGAUUUUAAAGUAAAGGCUUUUGUAACUCUUGUAACAAAUAUAGAUUUACUUCUGCAAUUUACAGAUGCCAAAAAUAUUACUAGAUAAAGACAUUACGUUUGGUCAUAUAAUUUUUAUAUUCCAUUGCAAUUAACGUAUCUCGAAAGGAUUUUUAACUGAAUACAUAACUCAAAUAUCUGUUAUCAAUAUGAUCUAAGCACGGAAACAUUGUUAUGGUUGACGUACAUUGCAUUCUCAAUAUCAAUAUAAGGCCAAUAUCACCGCACAGGAAUGAAUAUGCCGUGGUGGAAAAACUUUAAAAAAUUGGUAACAGCUAUGAGACCGCACUACUUGAUGAUUCAGGUAGGUACUUACUACGAAACUUCGGAAGGUAUAUUGUACAAAUAACACAUCGACUUGGGCGCCAAAACAAUGAACUGUCUAACAUUUAGACACAGCACACAGUGUGUGUGUACUGUGUAUCACAGGCGCUUCGCUGCGCGACGCGAGUAAGUGCGAUUAUUAGAUUGUUUUUUUUUUACACCAAUUGUGUGCUAGCCGCACAUGCGUAGCGCCCAAAAGAAACAACUGUUAACUGAGCCGCAUUCGUGUUUACUGUUUUUUUAUGUUUACGCGAUUGUUGGACAAUGGUUAACAACCGUUUUCAAUAAACUAUCUCAAUCUUCAAUCCGAUUCCGAGAAUGAACCAAUCAAAAUAACUCAUUUGUAAGCAUGUCAAAAAAAUCUUUAUUCUGAUUGGUCCAUUUUUUAAGUAGAUCGAAAAAAGCGAUUAGGAUCGGUUAUUGAAAACGGCGGUAAGUCUUUCGAAAUUUACUGCUAAGAAUAUAGGUAUAUUAAAACAUUGAGUUUAUAGUAAAUUACAGCAAAUUGUGGUGAUACACAAUAAGUUCAAUAAACCACGAACUACUAGCUGUUAGCUAUAACUGGUUAUAACUGUUACUGGUUUUGGCGAAAUAUUAUUUUCCGAUGCUGAUUAGUUUAUUUCUUUCUAUUUUACGCGGUUUGUAAUCUAUUGAAGCGAUGAUUUGUGCGUCAAUCUUCAGUGGGCAAAAUGACGUCUCAAUGAAACGGGUUAAAAAUUAUCUAGGAACCAUAGAUCAUAAUAACUUCAUUAUCAUUGUUUGUUAUGACUUAGACCUGCAGUUUAACCAUUAUGUAUGUAAAUAUGUAUUUAACGCGGUAUGUGGGUAGUGGUAGGAUGGAAAAACCUUUAUCCUUUUAUCAAUAUUAUGUUUACUUCUGUUUUCUUUCAUUAAAUUAGAACUAGAUAUAUUAGGCCUGUGUUGUUUUCAGCAAAAAUUUUAAUUAAAAUUUUUACAUGUGCCGUAUUCGGAGAAAUAUGUUGGCAAUGAUAGGCGAAUAGGCUAGCGGUCCUAGGCUUUCUUCCUUCACAUGAGAUGGAAAGAGAGCCCACGGUGAUGUUUCUUAUUCCUCCAUUGUUAACGGCGCUCUAAGUCUUGUCGACUUAUUGCCUGUUUUGUUAAGCAGAAAGAUACAAUCGGCUCUCUUUUGACGAAAAUAUCGCAUUCCACAAGAGAUUUUCUGUCUUUAGGUGGUUUACAGCUAGCUAAGACACUAUGAGGUAAAAGAAAAAUAAACGUCAAAUUGAUUAGCUCCUCCUGUUCUUGAAGUCAGUUUAUGAGUUUGAUUGUAGAUAGAUCUUUAGGAGCGCCUAGCAAACGUCAUCUGCACUAAAAUAAUAAUAAAGAAAUAACUGUGUCUUGCUUUUGGUAAUUACCUUAUAAAUUAACUGAUUGUAUUAGAAUUAUUGGUAGAUAUUAUCUCGAUUUUUAAUUAUGGGUAAAAUAAGCAACAAAAUUGCUGUACAAAUUUAAAACUUGACCACCUUUACAAGUUUAGUGAGACAUUUCUUUAAAAUCUAAAAUAAACUAAGCCUUUUUUAAUUUAUUUUAAUAAUGAAAAAUAAAACUGUUCGUACACUUCUGUGUACGUAAAGUACGCAUAUAGACGUAGAUAUUAAAUUUACGUUAACAAAUAGGCGAUAUGAAGUUUCGAGUUUGUACAGUGAUUUUGUUGAGAUUAGGUACAUUUGCAGAAAAUAUUAUAAUGAUGUAGGUCUGGCGGCUCCAGGAGUUUGUCUAUUACUAAUGCAUGACAACAAAUUUAAAUGCUUGGAACAUUUUGGUACCGUAGCCUAUUCGAAUCAUUCACGAUACCUAUCACGUAUAUUACAUGAAAUUGUGCAAUUUUUAAUAUUUACCUAGCUACUAAAAAUGUGCUACAGAUAUUUAUGUUUACCUGCAGGAACUAAAGUGUAGAAGCACGUAGAGUAUUUUUCAAACUUGUAAACAAACUGAUCUAUAUUUUUUUUAUCAUACGUCUCAUUUAACUAUUUUACGUUAUAGGUAAUAUAUUAUUGUCUAGGUGGUAGAACGAGUGAAAUUAAAAUAAUUAUGAAGAUACUAUUGAUAGAAAUGUUUGUUUACAAUUUGAAAGUGUUCGGUACUUAUUAAAAAUACUUUAGACUGUAGGUAAACACCGCGCGAAUGACAUUUAUCUGUUUUAUAUUACAAUGUACUGUGAUUGUAUACCUACCUACAUGAUUAUUAUUAUUUGUUGUUAUUUUCUUUUGUGUGUGCAAAUGAUCGCUAAUACCUGUUGAGGAAACGGUUGUCGUAUGCAAAACAAUUUUGUAAGAUGUCUGUGAUCAGUGCUAUUCAUUUAUAAGUUAUGUUAAAAUUAUUAUUUAAAAUUAAUUAUAGUUCUUUAUGCUGGUGUCCAACCAGAAGGAAAAUUGUAAUUAAUUUUAGUAAUCCCUAGGGCUAUAUUUAUAUUACGAAUAUUUUUUUGUCAGCUAUAGAAAUGUUCUAUUGGAUCGAUUGAUGAGGCUUGCAUGAUAUUUUAGUUUCUUCAUUGUGUAAUGGGAGAUUCUAACAAAUUGCAAUCAUAAUCAUGUCAAUUCUCUACAUAUUAUACUGCAAUUUUGUUUAUAGAUAAUGUUAAAAUAUUUUCAUUUGUAUUGUGAUAAUCCAAAUAGAAGAAACUAAGUGAUAUUUUGGUUGAUGGCAUAUAUUUUUGUUGCUUCUGUCUCUUGAUAAAUAAAGUAUUUUAAUUUGAA